CAUCUACAAAAUCGUAUUUUACCACGUGAAAACAAUUACAUUUUACCAUGAUUGACUUCUCAGGUUUAAACAGUGAAAAAUAAUCAGAUCUAUGAUUUUCUUACGAAAUUCUGUCUGACAGUUUAUGAAUAUUGUCCAUUUUGAGCAUACUUCAUGUAUCCAUCCCACAACAAUAGUUGUAAUUGUACGAAUCCUAUAAAUAAUGUCUCAACAAUUCCAUCCUCUUACAGGAAUGGCUGCGGUACACAAUCAUCGCCAAAAGUUAUACCUCGUAAUCAACAUAAUGCAGCUUCCACACAAGUAUAUCAGCAAAAUAAUUGGGAUUCAAAUAAAUCUGCUUCUACUCCGCUACCAACUUCCUAUUUAGGGAGGUUAUAUAAAUUGGGUUCCAUCAAAAAUAAUGAUGAAAUGAGCAUGCUGAAUAGCAUCAAUACACAGGAUUGUAACGACAGUCAAAUCAGUAAUAAAAAUGAACUCAAUUUUCAAACUCCGAAAACCAAGAAGUUCGAUGAAGUCUACCUAUCAGUUAAUCGCAGAACACAACCGGGUAUUUUGGCAGCAAUUAAAUUAUUGUCACAAAAUCUGAAGCCAAAAAUAAAUCCUAAUAAUGAAGUUAUUGAUGAUUCUAAUAGUAAAAGCAUUACUACCAAUAUUGUUACUACUAAUACCAAUACUAAGGGAAAUAAUCAGAAUAAAAUUUUCACUAAUGGCAAAAAUGACAAUUUAUCCACUGUGCUCCCACACUCAAGCGGAGUUGAAUACUCCUCUUGGAAGGAUAAACGAUACAGUUAUACUCCUACCUUCACUAAUCACAACUAUGGUAAUAAUAUUGGUAACAAUUAUAAUAACAUUUCAACAUCAAUACAAACUAUAAACAAUGAAGACACUGAUAAAUUAGCAAACAAUCCGCCUGGGAAAAUGAUGAAGGUUGAUUCGUCCACGUUGAUGAAACCAUCACUGCAUAAUAACAGUAAUAAUGAGAUAUAUUUGGCAAACAGUAAUUCACCUUGUACUACUAAUUUCAGUGACAAUAAAAAUAAUAUGUAUUCACCUUUAUGUACACGAACGAGUAAUUAUGAUACAUUAUUUAAACGUAGUUCCUCCACGUCUCCAUAUCGACCAUUACUGAAUUAUCGUCCAUCGUGGUUACUGUCAUCUAAUCAUAAAAUGUUAUCUAAUGAAACACUUUACAACAGUGUUGAUUAUCACAAUGAAUAUGUAGCAUCUAAACCAAAAUAUUUAGAUUCGAAAAUUUCGAAUAAUAAUAUAAGUAAUAAAUACCGUCCAUCAGAUAAUGGAACAACAACUGGAACACAAACACCAAUGACGGCAGUAAUUUCGCAAAAUUUACAGGGUUCACUAACGACAUUAUCGUCAUCGGGUGGCAUCGGAAGUAAUAACGCGACUAGAUAUUUGAAUAAAAAUGACCAUUUUUCACCUAGACUAAUUAAUGCUAAACCUUCAUUCCAUUCAAGACAGAAUAUUGAUGAUGUAAACAUGGAACAAAAUGAUGAGGAACAUCAUAAAUAUGGUAGAACAUAUUAUAUUACACGUCGACCACAAAUUAUACAAACAAAUUAUCAAAAACAUUUACCUCAUGCAAUAAAUCAUGAACGUAAUCUUUCAUUCAAUAAUAUUUAUGAUGCUAGCACCUUGAUCGAUAACACUGAUACUACUGAUCAUGAUUUCGAUUUUACGAACAAAACAAUCAAUAAGAAAAUAAACAGAAUGCCAGAUGUUUUGAAGCCGAAUUCAUAUCUAUCAAAUAGCACGUUAGCUUCAUACAAAAGAAAUUCAUCGUCUUUAAAUUCAUUACCAAAUGAAAUCGGUUCUUCACCUUCGUUAAUUCACUCUGAGUACGUCAAUGAUGAUCACCGCAUUGGCAGUAAUAAUAGUGAUAACAUUGUUGCUAACCGCAGUAUCUUCGACAACUACUCACCGAUUUAUUAUCCAAAUAACCAGACUUUAUAUACUGCACGGCGUUAUUUUCAAGCUGAUCAAAGUCAACCAUCCCCACAAACAAAAUAUUCUUAUCACCAAGAUAAUCCAGAAUCUUUUCGAUCAUUUAGUGUCAGUCCAGAAAUAGGAAGUAGAAUUUCAGAAAUUCUUAUGAUUUUCUGUCCCGUUUCGAACAUCAAUCUCAAAUUCAUCAACUAAGAUUCUAUCAUGUCACCCUGUAGAAGCUACAAUGAGAACCUUAAUAUGAUUGGAUCAAAUUCGAAUCUUCGUCUUUGUUCAUCUGCCCCAUCACCACUUAAAAGAAAACCGUAUCAAGUUUCUUUCAAUCUUGAUAGAAAUACCUACAUCGAAUAUCCUUACUCAGAAUCCUCAACUUCAUUAGUGCAAUGCAAGCGUGUACCAGGUUAUAUAAGUUCAAGUGGAGCUACUCCAGGAGAAACGAAUGUAAACUUCAAAACAUCACCAAAAUAUCCAUUCAGUUGGAGCAAUGAAAAUGGGGUAACAACAAUUGGAAAAGUUAUAAAUGGCUAUGAUAAUGAAUAUUCCAAGCAAAUUAAUUAUUCACCUCGUUUGUACACUUCAUGGCCUAUCAGGCCAAAGUAUAAUCGUUAUUCACCACCUCCUCCACAACCAACUUUAAACCAUGAUGGGGAUAACAUUAAUUUUAAUUGUAGUACAACUGAUCAAACCGCCAUUAUAGAUCCUUUUACAUCUAAUAGUAAUACUGCACACAAACCAGAAAUCCGUUUUAUCGACACAACUUUAAGUUCACCAGGGAAUUGUAAUUUAAACAGCAAUAAUAAUUUAAAUACGAAUAAACCACCAGUCUUUGGAAGAUCUCUGAAUAGUUUAAAAUUGCUUUUGUCAAAAUCUACACAUCGUUUCGAUGCAAAUAGUAAUAACAAUAGUAAUACUAAUCCAAAUGGCGGUAAGUCAUUAUUUAAACAAAUCGAACAAUAUGAUUCAACCAAUCCAAGACAUAGUUCAGCAAUUGAUAUCUUGAAUCAAAGAUCAUCAUUUUGUUCGUAAUUCUUCGUAUCAUUUAUUUCUAUAAAGUUUUUUUUUAAUUAAAUAAAGUCGAUUCUAUCAAAAUUACAACACGAAUAUAGAGAAUUAAGUCGUACGUUGUUUUCGUUAUCGUUCAGAACAUUAUUAUUAUUUAAAUACGAGUGAAUGUAUACAUUUAUUCAUGCGAUAAACUCAUACUUUAUUAAAGCUAUUGAUUUUUGUUUUAACUAUAACUAUGUUUUGUGGGAUAGGUAAAGAGGUGACAGGACUAAUUAAAUUACUUAUUUCUUUACUGAAUCAAAUUUACAAACAUCAUAAUGCUUUUAAAUAUACGUGCUGUACAUUCCGAAUAAUGUUUAUUUUGAUAGUUGAUGCUCUUUGGUGAUUUCAUUUUGUUUUUAUUUUCCGUGUUCCGUUUAAAAACAUAUUAUGUUAAUCUUAUUUUAUGAAAUAUUUAUGACUAUAAAUGAAAGUAGUUUUUCAGAUGAUGAUGACUCAUACUUCUAAAUUUGAAAUUGGUGAUACGUUUAC